AUGAGCUCCGUGCUAGAAUCCUCUCUCCUCCUCCGGCAGUGUGGCGACUCGCGAGAUCUAGCUCGCGGGAGGGAAAUCCACCGGCAGCUCGUCCAAUCCGGCGAGGAUCGCCAGACAUUCCUGGGCAAUUUGAUAAUCCUCAUGUAUGGGAAGUGUGGAAGAACAGAGGACGCGAUCCAGGCAUUCCACCGGAUCCGGCACUCAAACAUCUACUCGUGGACGAAUCUGAUCAGCGCGUUCGUGCGAAGCGGUGAUCUCGAUCGAGCGCGGUCGGCGCUCCAUUCGAUGCCCGCGAUCGAGAUCGUGGCGUGGAACACCAUCAUCACCGCAUAUGCCCAGCAAGGGCAUCCGCGAAGAGCCCUCCAUCUCUUCGAGAUCAUGGAUCUAGAAGGGAUUGUGGGCGAUGGAAUCACGCUCUUGGGCGCGAUCGAGGCGUGCGCCCAGCUCCAAUCCCUCUCGCGGGGACGGCAAAUCCACGCCCGGAUUGUCAGCCUCGGGCUGGAUAGAUCAGAGCUCCCGCUCGCGAAUUCGCUCAUCAAGAUGUAUUCGCGAUGCGCUAGCGUAAGGGACGCGAAGAGGGUCUUUGAUGGGAUGAUCCACCGCGAUCUUGUGUCGUGGAACACGAUCAUAGCAGCACUUGCCACGAAUGGGCAUUUUGAUCUUGCGCUAGAGGCUUUUAACCGGAUGAAUCAAAGAGACCGAGCGUCCUGGAACACGAUGAUCGUGGCGUUCUCGCAACUGGGCGAUCACCGGCGAUCCAUGGAAUUUCUCGCGAGCAUGGAUCUGGAAGGGAUCGAGCCGGACGAGAUCACGUUCCUGGGCGGAUUGGAAGCUUGUGCGGGGCUCACGGCAAUUGCCGAAGGGAAGCUCCUCCACUCGAGCAUCCAGCGCUGGGGACUAGACUCGCGACUCCAAAUCUCUACAUCCUUGAUUACAAUGUAUGGCAAGUGUGGCGAUCCAGAACUAGCUCGAUCGAUCUUUGAUAAUUGCAAUUCCCGUGAUUUAAUCUUUUGGAACGCAAUGCUUGCAGCAUAUGCCAAGAACGGGCAUCUGGUGCAAGCGCUCGAUCUCUUCUGGCAAAUGGACCUAGAAGGAAUCGCAAAGAGCGCUGCGACGCACGUCAAUCUCCUCGCAGGACUCAGCCAUGGAGGGACGCUCCGCGAUGGGAUCGAGUUCUUCCUGGCCAUGAGCGCUGAUCACAGCGUGGAGCCGGGAUACAAGCACUACUCCUGCGUGAUUGAUCUCCUAGCUCGCACUGGCAAGUUGGGUGAUGCCCACGACCUCCUCCUCGCCAUGCCCUUCUAUCCUGACGUGAUCUCCUGGACGACGCUGCUGACCGCUUGCAAGCUCCACAAGGACAGUAAUCGAGCUGCCGCAAUAGCUAGGGAAAUCGGCUCCUCCCAGAACGUAGUCGUUUCAAUCGCGAAUUUCUAUGUCCAGGAUACUUGA